AUGGCGUUGCCAAUUACUUAUGAACAGGCCUUAAGUUGCUGCGCAUCCACCAGGUUUGCGCAGCAGCUUGCGGGCGAGGGUCCGUAUGCGGACCUGGACGCAUUGCUUGCAGCAGCUCGUCGCAUAUGGUGGACCCAGACCGGAUUGCCGGGAUGGCUCGAAGCGUUGGCUGCACAUCCGAAGAUUGGAGACAAGAAGGGCAUGGAAGGCAAGACAGAGGCGUUUGCGGGCUUCAGUCGGAAUGAACAAGCCGCAGCUAGCCAGACUCUGAGCAGCGAUGUCAGCGCUGAGUUGGCCGAAUGGAACCACCGUUACUUGAACAAGUUUGGAUUUAUUUUCAUCAUAUUUGCCAAAGGUAAAGCCGCUCCCCAGAUCUUGGAGGUGCUUAAGAGACGCUACCAACGCCUGCCGCAUGAGGAGCUGCAGACUGCAGCCCAGGAACAGAUGAAGAUAACUGAGCUGCGGCUUUGCGGGCUGUUUGGCAUAUCCGAUUACGUUGAAUCGGUGGCAGCCAGGACGCAGCGCCGCGCGGAGCAAGUGUUGACUCAUCUGGCCCCUGCGCCGGGCGGGCCGCUUCGCUCCCCGAUUACAACGCACGUGCUGGACACGGCUACCGGCCUACCUGCUCGCGGCUUGCCUUUGGCGCUAUUGAAGCAGGACGAUUUCUCCAAAGCGUGGGAGACCGUUGGGGAGGGCAUUACCAACGAAGAUGGCCGUGUGGGCACGCUGAUGCAGCCUGGAAACUACAUUACGCCGGGCAGGUACCGCAUGUUCUUUGACACUUCAGUCUACUUGGCAGCAUGCAAGCUGGCACAUCCUGCGUUUUACUCUGAGGUACCAUUCUACCCGGAGGUUGUGGUUGAAUUCAUUAUUACGGCCGACAAGGCCACCGAGCACUACCACAUUCCUCUGCUGCUGAGCCCGUACGGCUUUUCCACAUAUCGCGGCAGCUGA